GCUCCACUGCACUGCUCGGGGGCCCCGUGUGUGUGACUGAGUGUAUAUCUGAAGAAGAAAGAGCGAGAAACGGCGUGAAAACCAAAUCGAAGAGUCCCGUUAAUCUUGUCUGGUGCACAGCACGAAAGUAUUUGCAAGGCCUGGAUGUUGCAUGUGUUCAAUCCGCCGAUGGACCGGUUGUUUUUCCGUUUGCGAGAAGCCAGUUUUAUGCCAUGAGAAACGAGUCGGAAUGUGAAUUCUGAAAGGAUUACUUGGGGUUGUUUCACUCGCGGAGUUGCACCACUCAUGUGCCUAGCGUCAUAAAACAAGGUGUUUGGGGUUUGUCUGAACUGACUGAUCUUCACGGCGGUCGCCGCUUAUUAAUAUGUUCUGGAUAUGAAAUGUCAAAAAAAAGCUAACGCCUUGGAUAUCGUGCAGGAAUGUCAAGCUCUCCACGCUUAAAGCAAGCCAAUAAAUCAACUUUCUCAUGCUCACGGGGCACAUUAGUAGACUAUGCACCUUUUGUGGGCAGUAAUGUGCUGUAAUAACAGCACCGCUUCGCUACAAAACUGAUACUAUCGCAGCACUCGAGUCUAAUGUUGUGGUUUGGUCAGAAGAAAUCUGUCCACGGCUGUGUAUGUAGGCUCGUGCACGGCAUUUACACACCGUUGAUGUCGGACUACGACCGCACAAACGGAAUCUUCACGGUUCUGACCAGACAGAAAAGCGAAUGAAAACCGCUUAAACUGUCGUAUGUUCAGGACGAGACGCACGGGUCUAGUUCGGCGACUCUGGCGAAGCCGUUUGAUCCCUGAUGCCGAGGGGGGCGAUGGAAGCACCAGGAGCAGCGAGGGUGGUCCCAGUGAUUCAAAUGACAGCAAUCCAGAGAAAAUCCCCAAAACGGAAUACGCAGCGGAGUCGAGAGUGGGGUUGUGCAACCCGGGUUUAGCGGAAAGUGCGGAAUCGGGGAUCAUUUUGGAGCAUGAUGGCGGUACCAUGUGUAGCGAGCGGCACGGUGUACCCCGCUGUGAGGGAGCCGACGGGACACCGGUGACGUGUUGUUUGUUUAAAGACCUUCCUAGAAGCGAUGUGCCCACCCGAGACGGACUUUCUUGCCAGUGGGAACGUGAAAACACCAGAAGCCGAAGGGGUUGUGGACCUAGUGCUAUAGAUGCGAAAACGCGCGCACUGUUAGAGCAAGAGCUCAAAAUUUGUACUUACGCGUUCCUCAAAAAGUUGAAGGAGAAGUCUUUGGAUGUCUUACUAGAGGCGGUCGAAUGCAAAGGUGGGGUGCCAGGUGACUGUGUAACGGUGCAUCAGACCGAUCUGCAAAUUGGGGGGCAGGCGGCGUCUCCUCAGUACCUGCUGUGUAGGCUUUUCCGCUGGCCAGACCUGGCGCUCUCCACCCAGCUGAAGGCGCUGUGCCAUUGCCAGAGUUUCCAGGCGCCGAACGGCCAGCCGGAGUGUUGCAACCCUUAUCACUACAGCCGCCUUUGCAGCCCAGAUUCACCCCCCCCUCCUUAUUCACGGAUGUCCCCUACCAUGGGCUCGGAGUCUCUGGAGCCUUCACAUUCAGCAUUGCCCCACACUGAUAUUGAGGCAAGGCGUUCACCCCACAACUCAUCUGGGGGUCACUCGGAUGGCAGUAUAUCUCCCUCCUCACUCGCAAACCCCCAGUGGUGUAAUGUGGCAUACUGGGAGCACCGCACACGCGUGGGCCGCCUGUAUCCCGUGUAUGACCCCUCCCUCAACAUCUUCUAUGACCUACCUCAGGGCACGGGUCUGUGCCUGGGCCAGCUGCCCCCACCGGUUCGCUCGGGGGCCGCAGGCCGUACUCGCGCCAAGAUCGGCCACGGCAUCCUGCUGACUAAAGAAGCCGACGGCGUGUGGGCGUACAACCGCAGCCCGCACCCCGUCUUUGUCAGCUCGCCCACGCUGGAGGCUCCGCCCCGCUGCCGGAGCCCCACUGUCCGGAGGGUGAUGCCUGGCUACUCCAUCAAGGUGUUUGACUACGAGCGCUCCCGCGACGUCUGCCGCUGCAAUGACCCCACACACCCGGACGGCCCGUGUGACCCUGACAGUGUACGCAUCAGCUUCGCUAAGGGCUGGGGGCCGUGCUACUCCAGGCAGUUCGUUACGUCAUGUCCAUGCUGGCUGGAGAUUCUGCUCAACAAUCACAGAUAGCACAGACAAGCAAAACUGCACAAAGAUUCAUGGUGCCCACUUUUAAAAAUAAACCACAUUUCUCUCUGUCACACCCACACAAACACACACACACACACAGAUUUACAAACACAAUCCCAAAAUAUAAUCUAUCUAGAUUUAAUAUAAAUUUUUAUAUAUGCAUAUUCUAAAAAGUACAUUAGACUUGUAAAUAAUGAGUCAUUUUUACAGUGUAACUAUUUAUGUAUGCAAUGUGUUUAAGGACUUGAGGAAAAGGGUGAUGCACUUUGGAUUCUGUGUCCACAUGGAAUCUUUCAAUGCCAUUUUUGCUAAUGGAUGUAUACAGUGAACCUGGUUUUGGUGUAUAGUUUUCAUAUACUAUCAAUAUCCAGAAAAGAAUAAGUACCAUGGACACAUUGAUAAUAAAGUAUUCAUGAAAUA